CGUCAACUACAUUCCCCAUGAUGCAGUGCGGCCUGCCGCUGUACCUGCACUUCCUGUUAGCAGGAGGAACCUAGCGGGCGAGCUGCAGACUGCUAAUAUUAAAUAAUCCCGCCGAUGAUCCAGUGAACAGAGGAGCCCGGCUGUCACUGAACCACUUUAGGACGGACUUUACCGCAGACGCUGAAGCCGCACGAUGAUCCGCUUCAUUCUGAUCCAGAACCGAGCCGGCAAGACGCGGCUGGCCAAGUGGUACAUGCAGUUCGACGACGACGAGAAGCAGAAGCUGAUCGAGGAGGUGCACGCCGUGGUGACCGUCCGCGACGCCAAGCACACCAACUUUGUGGAGUUCAGGAACUUUAAGAUCAUCUACCGGCGCUAUGCGGGGCUGUACUUCUGUAUCUGCGUGGACGUGACGGACAACAACCUGGCCUACUUGGAGGGCAUCCACAACUUCGUAGAGGUGCUGAAUGAAUAUUUCCACAACGUGUGUGAGCUGGACCUGGUGUUCAACUUCUAUAAGGUGUACACGGUGGUGGACGAGAUGUUCCUGGCCGGGGAGAUUCGGGAGACGAGCCAGACGAAGGUCCUGAAGCAGCUGCUGAUGCUCCAGUCCCUGGAGUAGCGCCCCCCCCCCCCCCCCCCCCCCCCCAUCGUUUGUACCUGCGUCAUAGUAGCCUAGUACCCCCACCCCUCCUAACCCCGCCCCCCGUCACCUGGAGAGGACCACUUCUGAUUGGCUGCAGCUCCAGAUCAGACCCCUCCUCUCUGAAGAACCUCCACGGAGGGGCGGGGCUUGUCCAGGAAGAUGAACCAAUCCAGAGCCUCCAGACAGUAUUGUUUAACGUUGGUCGCCCAGGGUUACGGGGCUUCGGUGGUCCAGCCAUCUGUCCAGUGUCUCAGCGUGUUUGUGACUCUGUUCUCCACUGAUAAACAACAUGGCUCGUAGAAGUAUAUGGUGUCUUUUAAAACGUUGCAUUUCUACAUGUAAACUUUAACAUUUCAAAACCUUGAUGAACAACAGUACUUUAUAUUGUUUGCUCAAAGGCAGAGGCAGGUUCAACACAUGAGGUCAAGGCCAGUUCGUCUUCACGUUAUUAAUCUGUACCAAGCAAUGAGGUGACUACCCCAGAUGAUCUCCUGGUCUGUCUCUAACCCUACAGCUCUAACCUAACCCUACAGCACUGACCCCCGCCCCUCACGCACCUCUCAGCCAAUCAACCGCCUCUGAGGAAAGAAGGGUUCAUUUGAUCACUGGAGCACGACGUCUCACCAGAGCGUCACCAGCAGAUAUUACUGAGUAGUUCUGUGGGCGUCGCCCCCCUCGAACCCUCUGACCCACAGAGCGGUCUGCGGCCCGCUGGAUGGAGGGAACCUGAACCGGGUCAGAGCUCACCGCUAACUCUGCUAGCUUUACAACUAACAUGCAGCUCAAAAUGAAUGGGGUGUUGGUGAGGCUUUUAACUUCAAAUACAAAUGUAAGUGUAUGAAAAUAACCACAUCUGUCUAAGGGAAGGAGAAAUCUUGUUAGUUGGAAACAUACUAUAUUUGAUGUAAGGUAGUAUUGUGAAGUAUAACAUGUAUGUUGUCGAAUUAAGUAAUGGAAGCUAGUGUCAUUCCCCAAAUGUAAAGAGAUUAGUGAUCCCCUAUAUGAUCUGUUUAUAGCGUUAUAUUAUCUGUUUAAGGAAGCAGUUCUAGGCUUACUAGGACACGUCGAAACUUCCUCACUUAACAUUAACAUUCCCCCCCCCGUGUGAUCGUCUGACCUGGUGAAACCCUCCUGGCCGUAUUGAUGUGUUGAGUUCUCCUCCAUUGUACGGCUCACCCACGUUAUUCAAUGUGUACAUAUUAAAGACAAAUUAAGUACCAAAUACAA